AUGCCCUCCAGUAGGAACGCAUUCGACCCCGACAAUCGUUCUCCGUUCAAUGGGGAAUUCCUCGCAUACCUCAUUGUCUGCGGAGCCUUGUCCAUCUUCUUCCUGCUCUACUUCAACCGAGUCUUUGCAUCCGUUGUCUCGUGGGCCAUUCGGACUUGGACCUGGCAUCAAUACCGAGUCUAUAUCGACAUCCAAGCACUCCAGAUAUCUCUGCUCGGCGGGCGAGUCUUCUUCACGGGUCUCCGGUACCAUGGGAACAACGAGACCGUUCUGAUACAGAACGGAUAUAUUACCUGGUCAUACUGGCUACGCCGUGUUCGAGAUGUCGACAUCAGGAAUAAAAAGGAGAAAGCGGCAGAAGAAGCGGCAGGUAUUCAGGGAAACGACUCCGGCCCCUCUUCGCGACUCCCGUGCCGAGUAAACGUAUCCGUGCUUGGAGUCGAGUGGUUCGUCUACAAUCGCACCCCAGCGUAUGAUACGGUCCUAGCAGGAUUGACGGAUGAUGGGGACGAGGAAGGCGAGCCAUCGAUUGAGCCACAGCAAGAGGCCGGCGGAGCUUCUUCGAAGCUGCGACGGAGGCGGUCGAAACGGGGUGAAGGUUCAAACGGACUACCUAGGGGGCGGUCUUCGGAGCAGACGGAACUGAACGAGUCCAAACCGGAACUUGGCAAGCAAGGAGAGAAUGGGUCUGGCCCCCACAGACAUUCAGCCUCACACUCCUCCAGCUCGAGCGAUGACGAAGCCAGAGGCCCGGACAGUACAGAUCAUGAAUAUGCUAUCCCUCUCAUGCUGCGGCUCUUUCCGAUCAACGUUGAAUGCCAAACGGCCGGGCUUGUCAUGGGGAACGAGAACACCAAGGCAGUGCUGAUUGUCAAGGCGGAUGCCGUGUCUGGAGACAUCGAUGCGUCUGAUACGGAUACACCAGACCCGUACCGGCAACUCUUCAGGCUGAAAUUCAAGCACCCGGUCAUUGAGAUGAGAGAUAACCAGGACUUCAAGGAGAAUCAAGCUGACCGAGCUGUACGAGAAAAAGGCGUGGCACAACACCGCGAACCCGUACAAACAAAAUCCUACUUCCGUCGACAGCGGCGUCGGAUCAUGGGCCAAAUUCGUGGACUGGUUCCUUACUGGAGGAAGUCUGUCGAGUCUUUUUCCUCCGACUCGAGGACCGCCCCUGGCGCCGCCGGUGGCCCCCACCCCCCCGGUCUAAAUCAUUGGCAGGGGCUCUCGAGAUACCUUGACGACAGCGAAGAUCAGAAGGCCCGAUGGGCGUCGGUGGAGUAUGCUGCUCUGCCGACCAUCUUGGACAGCCCGGAAGCGUCCAUGACCAUUUAUUGGGAUGUAGUGAGUAAGGUUGGUCUUGGACCGGCCCGGAGUGACGACGCCGAGAAGUUUGCGGACAACAUCAAUGGCGAGGAGCCGCCAGCUUGGGCCAUCAACCUGUCAAUCAAGGGCGGAUCAGUCAACUAUGGGCCCUGGGCGGACAGGCAGCGAGCGGAAUUGCAGCGGACUUUCUUCCCCACGAUGUGCAAAGACGCACGUCCUGCGAAACAUCUUCCAGUCGGUGCGGCCCGGGUCCCCACGCAGUUCAAGCUCUAUAUAGAGCUCGAGGAGGAGACGACCAUCCGUGUCCCAACCAGGGAGGAAUCCAAGAAUUGGAGAUGGAAAGGCAAAGAGCCAGAGCUAAUUCCGAGCCGAGGACGAGACAAGCGUAUAUUUAAGGGCCUCAAUAAGAAAACCCAACAAACGCCUCAGACCCUUCAACGACCUUACGGCUGGCUGGACAUCAAGGUUGCCGCAAACUCGACAGUGUCGUACUCGAUGGACAUGUUCGCGAGCGCCUCGGGCUACUCCAACACUCUGCAUGUAGACCUUCCCAAGACCGAGAUCUCAAGCAGCAUCAACCACGAACUGCUGUGGAGAUCUGGCGCCCAGCGUAUAUCUUGUGACUUAUCCACGCCGUUGCGGUGGAACUCCCUCCGUCAGUGGCACUUCAAGGUGGCCAGCGAAGAUCUCGAGCUGUUCCUCUUGCGAGACCACGUCUUUCUGCUCAUAGACCUGGUGGAUGACUGGACCACGGGCCCUCCUGCCGAGUACUUAGUCUUCGCUCCGUUCAAGUACCAUCUGGACCUUCAGCUUCAAAACGUCAAGCUCUACCUCAACGUUAGCGACGCGAAUAUCAUCAACAACCCGACUGACAUGGAGGACAAUACCUAUAUUGUGAUCGGAAGCCCCCUUCUAAGCUCUACGACUUGCAUCCCCGUCGACAAGUACAGGCCGAGCAAGAACGCUAUUCCGUUCGAUAUCCGGGCAGAUACUGCCACGGUAGGGAUCCAUGUUCCUCCCUGGAACACGCAAGCAACCUUCCUGCCAUCCACCGAGAUCGGCGACCUCGAGAACCUUCUUGUUGACGGUUCCUAUCACUACAACGCAACCACUUCGCUUGCUAAUACCGAUACCCUGGUCUUGAACGUAACGGCGAAGUCCCCAGCCGCAUGCAUCCACGGGUUCGUCCUCCGGUACUUCCUCAAGCUCAAGGACAACUACUUUGGGGACGAUAUCCACUUCCGGACGCUGGAAGAGUAUCAAGAAUCAUUGAGACUGAAAGAGAAGAAUCCAGAUUCGGAGACUGUGAGCCGCCCUCCGCACAAGCAAUCAAACGACCUUGAUGUCAUGGUGAACCUUCGUCUCGAUGAUUGCAAGGUCCUCCUUCCCAGCAACCUGUACGCUUCGACGCGACAUGCUCAGAUUGACACGCCCUCGCUAUCCUGUGAUUUGCGCUUCACAAACUACUACAUGGAUAUGGAACUCGUGGUUGACCCGCUCAGCCUGUCACCGGGAAAUUCUGAUGGAGGCAUGGAGACCCCUAUAAGCGCAACUUCAUCGACACAGCUCUUCAUCGACGGCAUUAAGCUUUAUGGUCAUCGACUCUUCGGCCUUCCACCAACCGAGCCCACAUAUCUUUGCAACUGGGACAUUUCCGUGGGGGAUGUUACCGGAGAGUGCUCGGCAGACUUCCUCGCCUCCCUGAUCAGUGGGGGAAAGGCAUUUGGGUUCUCGUUUGACGACGAUGAGAAUGCCUUGGUAUCCUAUUCGUCCGUCAUAUUUUAUGAUGUCACCUUCUUGCGAGCUUUCGUGCAGUCAGUCAACCUCUGGUUGCAUGUUGAAGAAGCCGCCUUUUUGCUGUCUACCGGAUUGAUUGACGUGAAAUACAACGACUGGGCAAGAUCGCACUAUUCGAGACGGGCCAACAUCAGAAUCCCGGAUGUCAAACUCUCCUGCGUGAACUCCGAGUCCGUAUCGCGGAGUAAAUCAAGGUCCCACCGCGCAGUUGAGGCCGACGCCUUGGUACGGACCAGCGUUCAUUUGGCCAUCAUUGGCCGUAAAUUCGACUUCUCCAAUGAGCGAAAGCUACAGCAGGAGCUUGUGCGGAGAGAAGAUCAGCGGACACACAGGACAGGGUUCCUCUGUCUUCCAGGAUUGCUGGAUGAACUGAUCCCCGAUCCUGUCGACCCCCCUGCCCAAUGCUUCCCCGAUGUCCCCCAGCCGACGGGGUUAGAACAUGUUCAGGGCGAUGGGUCGUCGCACACAUCGUCUGCGCGGUCCCGACAUCCCAGAGGUCUGCGCCACAAGAGCUCUUUCCUCUCUUUUUCGAGCGCAAGCGAAUGCAGUAUCGUGAGACCCCAGAGUUCUAGGCUGUCUGGUGCGAGGGGGAAACGGCCGGAAUAUCUACAGCCUUUUGCCCCCCUCGAUCAGCGCCCUGGCCGAGCUGGGCACCCCGCAGAGCGCGACCGAGAAGUAUCUGCGUCAACUGGACGGCAUUCUGCAUUCUACAGCGCAGCAGGCGACGUCAACGACCGCCAUGAUGCCGGGCACAGUUCGGUGGCUUUCCCAAGCCAGUAUCUUGCUCCCUAUUUUCCCUUUGAGCGUGUGAAGCCAGACGCUUUCGAGGCGAGGAUGCAAGGCAUGGAAGAUGACGAUGACGAUGCUGGGGAUGAUACACCUGACUCUGUCGGAUUCGACUUGGAGGACAUCGACGCCGACAUGCUGAGCGAAGAUUGCGUCUCUUCAAGCACUCUGGUGGAAUUCCCGGCAGGCCUCACGGCAUUUUUCAAUCCGCAGUCGUUACGGUAUGUAGCAGCCCUCAUAGCUGCUCUCCAGCCUUCUGAGCCCGAUGACAUUCUCGACGCUAUACAAGUUGAUUCCAUGGAGGAGAUCUUCGGGAUGCAGAGAGCACAGAAGAUGAAAGGCCAGGUCAAAGACGUGUUUGUCAGGCUUCCGAGAGCAAAUAUCCGGUUCAUAAACGUCUCGGAUCUAGAUAGUCCGGAGCCCUCGCACGAGGAGCAGGACCAGUAUGACUUCUCAAUAACCAAGCUGGUACUGGCGUCAAGGUCUGAAACUAAAUGGCUCGACGCCUUCAAGCCCGAGUCAAAGAAGACGGAUACAUCCUUCCACCUGCGCCUGAAAUCCGUGGAGCUCUCUGCAGCGGAAAGAUUCCACGACAUGGAGGGUCCUCAAGCAGCCGCCUUGGCGCAGAUCGAGCGCGUCGUGGUGUCUAUGGGGUCCAAGGACUUGACCUACCUCGACGCCGACAUAGGCAGCAUCCAAGGCAAUAUCUCGUCGAUGAAGCUCGAAUACCUGGCUUCCCUCAUUCACAGGACCAACAUGUUGGCCUCGGAUUUCGGGAAGCUCUUCGCGGAAACCGCGUCUCGGGAACGACAUCUUGUCAGGUAUCUCGUUCAUCGCCUGAUCAAAGAUGCGCAGGCUGCUCCAGAUCCGACUUUCCUCAUCCGACCUUCGGCCGUUCUGCGUUCUGCCCGGCAACAUCUGCGGACCUUUGACUCGUGGAAGAUCGCCAUGCGCCUGCGUGAGAUGUGGACAACUCUAGAUCCAGAUCGAAAAGAACAACUCACACUCGACUGUCUAGGGGAUUUGCCAUCCCUUCCCGAUGACAUUAGGCAGCAAGCCGUCGCUUCCUUCCAAAGGUGGAGGAGCUGGGACCUCAGAGAUGCGUCGGCAAGCGUGCUCCUGAACAAGAUAUUUGGCCGCUCAGGGGACCACCUCAACCCCCCAUCCGACGAGGGCCCAGUCAUGGCGGUUGUAAGGGUUGCAGAGACUCGGUUGGUUCUCGACCCAGGGCCAAAGCAGAAUGAGAUCACCUUUUUGGAUCUCACAGCGCGGUUCGAGACAAGCCAUGCACCGCGGGAAGAAGGGGGAAAGGCUGCGACCGACGUCCCUAACGGAUCUCUGACGGUCUUGAACAUUUAUUGCGACGAUGCCUCAAUCAACCUGAACUGGGAGCUAUGCGAGCUUGCAGAUGAUAUCCUGAGGCUGUAUAAUAAGAUACAAGCCAAGCCAAGCCCUCAAAGCCCUCCUCCAGUCAAGUCGCCUCCGUCUCCUUCUCCAACCGGCCGUCAGGAACGCACGAUUCAUUGUGUAGUGUCUCUCGGCCGAGGCUUAAUUGCUCUAGAGACAGUCAAUAUCCAUGCAUCCUCGGUCGGCAGUGGUAUGAAGGCCUCGUUUCUCCUCAGAUCAGAAAGGGAGAAUGAUGUCUCAGACGCCAACUUUAUCCUCAGUUGCGAUUCGGUGCAGUCAAGACUUCGCAGCGGCGCCCAGGGGCUUGUCAAACUGGUCCUCCACAAGUCGAGUGUGCUUGUUUCUCAUGAGCUGCAGGCGGGCGAGACAACCGACAGGCACACGAUCAAGGCAACAGCCAGCAGCCAAGACAUGUCGGUUGUUGUAAAACAGGAUCCGGUCGUCCUGUCAGAAGUUCUGGAUGCCGUCAUCAGGGAUGAGGUCGCCCAGCUCCACCGCCUGACGCACGAGCUGCCCUCGUCGCCGGUGCCAUCGUCGCCAACUAAGACAAUAAUCGACCGCCUCUCUGCCUUCAGAGUCAAUGUCGCCAUGUUUAUGGAUCGGUACACCAUCAGCAUUCCACUUCUCCGUUCGUUGACUUAUACCGUCUCCGGGACGGUAUCCAGAGCCGCAAUGGCAGCCAAUUUUGGCAGGGAGAUCAUCUUCGACUUUGACGUGAAGGAAAACUCGCACGAGAUGCAGAUCAUCGUGGACAAUAUGCCUCGAAGCAUAUCUCUGCUACAGAUACCUCCAACGAAUGGAAGAGUUACCAGUCACAUGGGCCAUGGUGGACACUCCAUCACAAUCUUUGCGUCGGUAGAGCUGGUGCAACUGGACGCCUCGGCUGUCUACAGUCUGCUCACGGCGCUGAAUCGACCAGAAAUUUCAAGCGUCAUCAACGAUCUGCAGCAACAGAGCGGGAUCAUUCGAGAGCGAAUUACCGCCCUGUUCGGCACAGACGGUGGCCAAGUCACAAAAUCGAGCCACCAGAAGAAAGCCGAAGUUCUGGGUUAUGGCGUCCACUUGACCUUUGCUGGUCUUGAAGUGUUUGGGUCCAGCCCCCUGAAGUCGAGCAUGUCCCCAAUGGCCCAUAUAUCGUUUUGCCUUGAUAGUGUUAACCUGGAGAUGACCAAUCGUGUUGAGCAUGACGGACCGAUCCUCGCCUACCCAGAAGUGCACAUCAACCUACGCAAGGUUGCCUUUGAGAUCCGGAGGGGGACUCCCGACUCUCUAGGUUCUUGCGGAAAUCUCGUCUUUGGUGCAUUGGUGACGACUACCUCGAGACUAACCGAUGAUGGGGAAGUUAUGAGAUUCUUCAACCUCAAGAGCGACGGGUUUGAAAUCAGCCUGUCACCAGACACCGUUUCAACUGUUGUUGAUGUUCUUGGCUACAUGGGCGACAAAUUCAAGGACCUCGGGACGUCUCGGGAACUCGAGUAUCUGCGGAGAAUAAGGCAGACGAAACCGCGGAUCGCCAUCAACGACCAGGAGGAACAGCCGGAGCCCGACGUCGUCCACGAUUUCCUCUCCUCCAUGACUUACACUUUCGAGAUGCGUGACAUCGACGUGUGCUGGCGCGUCACGAAACCCAAUGAAGAACCAUCUCAGGACAAGGACGACCUGGUCCUCUCGCUGCAGCGGAUCGAGUUUGGCACCUGCACUAGAAACUCGGCCAGGCUGACUAUCGAGAAUCUGCAGCUCCAGAUGGUGUCACCGCUGCAGGACAGGAAAUUCCGGUCCCCGAACUCGGCUCUCCUGCCCGAAGUCAUCUUCAACAUCGCCCACGUAUCCACCUCGGAUGCUCGUCGAUUAGCCUUCCAGGCCGUUGGAAAGUCGUUGGAUCUUCGACUCAACUCUGGCUUCAUAAUCCCAGCUGCCAACCUAGAAGACUCGAUUACUCUAUCCAUCAAGAACGUCCAACAGGCUUCGCGAAAUUGGCGACCAGUGAUCCCACCCACGGCAUCUCCAGCUGCUCCGGGAUCGGAAACAGAGAAACCAAGACAAGCCAGCCUUCUGGGGAGCAGGAGGCUGGAGUCGUUGCUCGUGGACGCUGACUUUGCUGGUGCUGUCGUCUACCUGACAAGCAAGACGGAUCCCAAUGAUUUCACCACGGCCGACAGAUCAGGACGGCGGGGCAUGUCCGGAAAAUACGGACAGUUUGUUCAAGAAGAUUCGGGCAGCACGGUCUUGCGCAGUCCGGGUCUGGCUUGCAAGAUGGAAUACUUCGACAACGGCAAGGACACUCCGUCGCUCUAUGGCGAGGUCAAGAUCGAUGCCUCGAGCAACAUACUCUAUCCGUCCGUCGUUCCCCUGAUCAUGGACAUAACAAACACGGUGAAGGAAGUGGUCAGCAGCGAAAGUGACGAGGACAAGAAGACCCAUGUCCAGCCACACGACGUGCUGGCCCGGGCCAAAGUCGGCGAUGAUGACAGCAUCCUCACGGCAGAUCCAAGUGCCGUGCUUGGUCGCCUGAAACUCAACCUAGGCCUUCGCAUCUACAAGCAAGAGUUCUCCUUGAGCUGCCAGCCUAUUGCCCGAGUCGCUGCCACUGCUAGCUUCGACGAUGUGUACUUCACGGCCAACACUGUUCAUUCCGUCGAGCAAGGCAACUUCUUUGCCAUCUCAGGGGCUUUCAGCAACCUCCGGGCGUCGGUCCAACACGUCUAUUCAAGAGAGUCGACCGGCAGUUUCGAGGUCGAAUCCAUCGUACUCUCCCUCAUGAACAGCAAGCAUGUCAGUGGCACCAGCGGUGUGUCUGCAAUAAUGAAGGUUAGCCCAAUGAAGGUGUGUGUCAAUGUCAAGCAGCUUCAGGACUUCCUCCUCUUCAGAGAGAUCUGGAUCCCCCGCGAGAUCUGGCGGGCCUCGUCAGCGCCCGUCGCGACACUCGUUACCGAGACUUCGCAGUGGCACCUCGCCCAGCGCUACCAACAAGUCGCCGCGACGGCUGCGUUCCCCUGGACAGCAACGGUGUCGAUCACCGCGCUCGAGAUCAACGUGGACCUCGGACAAGCUCUUGGGAAGUCGGUAUUCGCCAUCUCCGAGUUCUGGGCAUCGUCCAAGAAGACGUCUGACUGGGAGCAAAACCUGUGCCUCGGAUUCGAGAAGAUAGGCGUCGACAGCACCGGUCGGAUGAGCGGAUUCGUGGCCCUGCAGAAUUUCCAGUUGCGCUCCUCGAUCAAGUGGCCCGAGAGGGAACAGGCGCUGAACGAGACACCCCUCGUCCAGGCGUCGAUAGGAUUCGGCCAGCUGAGAGUCAAGGCCGCGUUCGACUAUCAAGCCUUUCUGGUUGCCGACAUCACGUCGAUGAAGUUCAUCAUGUACAAUGUCCGGCGUAGCCGUGAAGGCGCCGGAGAUCGUCUGGUCGCCAUGUUCGAUGGCGAAGCCGUCCAGGUCUUUGGGACGACAACGUCAGCCGCUCAGGUGGUCGCAUUGUACCAAGCAUUUCAGCGACUGAUCCAGGAGAAGAAGGCAAACUACGAAUCAUCCCUCAAGGAGAUUGAGAGGUUUCUGAAGAGAAAGACCGGGACCGCACCCGCACUACUACCCCCCCGAGGGGGUCUUCUUGAAAGACCCGUCGACGACGACGCGCUUCUGAAAUCCCCCAUCCUGCUCGACACCAACGUCGUGGUGACGCUCAAGGCGCUCAACCUGGGCAUCUUCCCGAGCACAUUCUCGGACCGCCAGGUCUUCAAGAUGGAGGCGCUGAACGCCCAGGCCAGAUUCGCGGCCAGCAUCGAGGAGCGGCGGAUCCACAGCAUCCUCGGCCUGACGCUCGGGCAGCUGCGGAUAGGGCUCGCGGGGGUCGGGCAGAGGCCGGGGCCGGCCAAGACGCUGAGCGAGCUCUCGGUGGAGGACGUGGUGUCGAGCGCGACGGGGUCGCGCGGCGGCACCAUCCUCAAGGUGCCGCGGGUGGAGGCGUCGAUGCAGACGUGGCAGUCUCCCGACUCGAAGCACAUCGACUACCUCUUCCACAGCGCCUUCGAGGGCAAGGUCGAGGUCGGGUGGAACUACAGCCGCAUCAGCUACAUCCGCGGCAUGUGGGCCAACCACGCCAAGGCGCUCGCGCAGACGUGCGGCAGGGAACUGCCGCCCGUGACGGCGAUCCGGGUGACGGGGGUGCCGGAGCCGCAGCAGGGGGCGGGGUCGGGGUCGGGGCAGCAGACCAAGAUCACGGCCGAGGUCAACGUGCCGCAGUCAAAGUACGAGUACACGGCGCUCGAGCCGCCCGUCAUCGAGACGCCGCAGCUGAGGGACAUGGGCGAGGCCACGCCGCCGCUCGAGUGGAUCGGCCUGCAGAGGGAUCGGCUGCCGAACCUGACGCACCAGAUCGUCAUUGUGUCGCUCCUGGAGCUGGCUAGCGAGGUCGAGGAUGCGUACUCGAGGAUCUUGGGGUCGUCGUGA